CCCGCCUAAAGGAUUUAAAUAUGCCAGCUGUCAAACACUACUUUCCACUUUUAUUUUCUUUUUCUUCCCGAAUUCUGCUUCGGUUCCGAACCUAAAAGUAAAUUCGACCGUUGCAACCCGAACCUACCUUUCAAAAAGACUACACUCUGUUUUCUUUCUUGCCCAGAAACCAGAGAAACCGUCCUGUCAAAACCCCAUAGCGCUCUCUCUCUCUCUCUCUCUCUCUCUCUCCGAUUUCUGAUCCAUUUUGAGAAACAAUGGUGUCCAAGAUAGUAAAAAGAACCCCCACAAAAUCCCUCAAGAACCGGAAAAACCCACCCAACCACCACCGCCGCAGCAAGAAAACCCCCAUCAAGAACGCCACCGCCUCCGCCGCCUCCGCGGUGGUCGCUUCAAUCAACAAAUCCCUCUACACCUGCCACCGCCGCCUCAUCAAGAUCUUCACAAAGCUAGCCCGCAUAGCCACCCCCACCAAGAAAACCCCACGCAAAAAGGGCUACCAAAUCCUCGAAAAAAUCCCCACAAAUCCACCCAACACCACCACCACCACAGCUCGCAGAACCCUCUUCAACAAUAAAACCCCCCUCCCCCCAUUAACCUCCCCUAAUAAAAAGACAGUCUUUCUCGAUUUAGACGAAACCCUAAUCCACUCCACCGCAAAUUUCCCGCCCGAAAAAUACGAUUUCGUCGUCCGCCCCGUAAUUGACGGAGAAAAAGCAGAUUUCUACGUUUUAAAGAGGCCGUUCGUUGAUGAAUUCUUGAAAAUUUUGAGUGAUAAGUUUGAGAUUGUGGUGUUCACUGCCGGGAUUGAGGCGUACGCUUCGCUCGUGCUCGAUAAGCUCGAUUGGAGGAAGCUGAUUUCACAUCGGCUCUAUCGGGAUUCGUGUAAGGAAGUUGAUGGGAGAUAUGUGAAGGACUUGUCUGAAUUUGGGAGGGAGUUGGAUAAGGUUGUGAUUGUGGAUGAUAACCCUAAUUCUUAUCAGUUUCAGCCGGAUAAUGCAAUUCCGAUUAAGGCGUUUACGAAUGAUUUAGAGGAUGAUGAGUUGAAGAAGUUGGUUGAGUUCUUCGAAAGUUUCGAUUGUGACUCUGUUGAAGAUAUGAGGGAUUCUGUGAAGUUGCAUUUUGCUGAAUCGAAAUAGGGAAUUUAGUGGUGAUUGAUUUUCUUGAGGAUAUUUCUUGAUUCUUUUUUCAUGUUUUUACCUUUUUUUUUUUUUUCGGGUGUUGUUAGUUUAUACAGAGUUGAACAGAGGCUGUGUUCAAUGUGAUUCAAUUGUGUUCAAAUUUACUAUAGAAAGAGUUAUGUUUCAUUUGAAUUGUUG